AUUAAUACGUGGGGUUAUUCAACUAUAAAUUUCUUUGCACCUAUGAGUCGAUAUGCAAGCAAUGGUGGAGGAUCAAGUAAUGCUUCACGAGAAUUCAAAUCAAUGGUUAAGGCAUUGCAUGGUGCAAGAAUUGAGGUCAUUUUAGAUGUUGUUUACAAACACACAAAUGAGACCGAUGAUAAAAAUCAAUAUACUACUUCAUUUCGUCGCAUAGAUCACCAGGUUUAUUACAUGUUAGACUUAAAUGGCCAGUUGCUGAACUACUCUGGUUGUGGGAAUACGUUGAACUGUAACCAUCCUGUUGUCAUGGAACUUAUUCUCAACAGCUCGAGGCACUGGUAUGUCCUUAUUUGUUUCAAUAACCUUAUUUAUUUGAAUACGUUAACAUCCGUCUUCAGUUAUGCAAUUCGUUAC